GGCUCCUCCCCUUCAGUCUUGGACUGGUGUACUGACUCCUCCCCUUCAGUCUUGCACAGGUGUACUGACUCCUCCCCUUCAGUCUUGCACAGGUGUACUGGCUCCUCCCCUUCAGUCUUGCACAGGUGUCCCGGCUCCUCCCAUUCAGUCUUGCACAGGUGUCCGGCUCCUCCCCUUCAGUCUUGCACAGGUGUCCCAGCUCCUCCCCUUCAGUCUUGCACAGGUGUAGUGGCUCCUCCCCUUCAGUCUUGCACGGGUGUACCGACUCCUCCCCUUCAGUCUUGCACAGGUGUACCAGCUCCUCCCCUUCAUUCUUGCACAGGUGUACCGGCUCCUCCCCUUCAUUCUUGCACAGGUGUACCGGCUCCUCCCUCUUCAGUCUUGCACAGGUGUACCGGCUCCUCCCCUUCAGUCUUGCACAGGUGUACCGGCUCCUCCCCUUCA